ACACCUGCUACCAGGCGCACACCCGGAGAACAGGAACACCCUGCCGCCGGGCGCACACCCGGAGAACUGGCACACCCUGCCUCCUGGCGCACACCGGGGGAACACACACACCCUGCCACCGGGCACACACCCAAAGAAUAUGCACACCCUGCCGCCGGGAACACACCAGGAGACAACACACCCUGCCGCUGGGCGUACACUGGGAGAACACACACACCCUGCGGCCGGGCGCACACCCGGAGAACAGGCACACCCUGCGGCCGGGCGCACACCCAGAGAACAGGCACACCCUGCCGCCGGGCGCACACCCAGAGAACAGGCACACCAUGCCGCCAGACGCACACCCGGUGAACACGCAAACCCUGCUGCCGGGCGUACACCGGGGGAACACACACACCCUGCCAACGGGCACACACCCAAAGACUAUGCACACCCUGCCACCGGGAACACACCAGGAGACAACACACCCUGCCGCCAGGUGUACACUGGGAGAACACACACACCCUGCUACCAGGCGCACACCCGGAGAACAGGCACACCCUGCCGCCGGGUGCACACCCGGAGAACAGUCACACCCUGCCGCCCAACACACACACCAUGCCACCGGGUGCACACUCGGAGAACACGCAAACCCUGCUGCUGGACGUACAUCGGGAGAACACACACACCCUGCCACCAGGCGCACACCCAGAGAACAGGCACACCUUGCCACUGGGCGCACACCCGGAGAACAUGCAUAUCCUGCUGCCAGGUGCACACCCAGAGAACAGACACACCCUGCCACCAAACACACACACCAUGCCACCAGGUGCACACCCGGAGAACACGCAAACCCUGCUGCCGGGCAUACACCGGGGGAACACACACACCCUGCCACCAGGUGCACACCCAGAGAAUAUGCACAGCCUGCUGCUGGGAACACACCAGGAGACAACACACCCUGCUGCUGGGCGCACACCUGGAGAACAGGCACACGCUGCCAUCGGGUGCACACCCAGAGAACAGACGCACACUGCCACCCAAGACACACACCAUGCCGCCGGGCACACACCCGGAGAACAUGCAAACCCUGCUGCCGGGCGUACACCGGAGGAACACACACACCCUGCCACCAGGUGUGCACCCGGAGAAUAGACACCCUGCUGCUGGGCGCACAGCAGGAGAACAAGCACACGCUGCCACCCAAAACCUUUUGCACGCGCACACACACACACACCCUGAUUCACACACACACACAUUUCCCGCUGCACGUGACACACACAAUAUAA